GAGACCUCAGGUUCUCAGGGACAGAAAGAAUCAGAAGGCAGCAAUGCACUCACUACGCUUUGUAAGUGCCGAAGCUCUGGUAUCCAAUGCGCAACUUGUCAGAGACCAUCUCGACAGUGUGGCACACAACCUUUUCCCUCUUCUUUUUAAGGCCAGUUACUUACACGAACAGGGUGAAGUGAUUCAUGACCUGGUGGAAAACUGGCCUCUGCCAGAACUUAAUAUUGGGAAACUGUUGGGGAAGACAGCAGAUCAUCAGGAAGACCUGAGUAGCAGAGCGUGCUGUGUGUGCCUGGUGAACUGUCUAACUGGCUUGAGAGACUACGUGCUGAACUGCUCAUCUCCAUAUGCAAAGAGACUCAGGACAGUGGAUUUAAGAGGCAUAAAGGAUGUCAAAAUACAGCUUUGCAAGUGCAGGAAGACAAUGGGACGAUGGGCCAGGACAGAGCUGCUCUCCAAAAUCUGCUAUGAACUGCUUGUUGAUAUGGAAAGGCUGCAGGUUGAUCCCGGUGUCUUUGAGAUGUCUAUUGAUGUUCUCGUUGAUAUUUUUGUUACGGAAAAAAGCUAUGAACUGGUUGUCCAGGCCUUGCUGAUGAGAUGCCAUUGCCCACUCAAAAUUCGCUGCAUAGGCUUCAGAGCAGACAAUCUGGCCCUGCGAAAGCUCUUCUACAUCAUCAAGCUCACAGAGCCCUCUUCGCUGCGCAAAUUUGAAGUGGUCCACAAUGUUCGGUUGGAAAUGGAGCAUUUGCAAGUGCUGUUCAAUAACAUCCACUUUCCUCAGCUGACAUCACUCACACUCCCGGCUAGGACUUUCGAUGUGAGAAGGUUCACCCCAGAGGAUGAAGCCAUUCUUACAAAAAUUGGAGAAAAAUUGAGCCAGAUGACCCAACUGACUGAGCUGAGCCUGGCAUUUUCCACACUCACGGGAAGGAUACGCAAACUGCUCAGCCCCCUGAAAUCCCCUCUGAAAGUACUGGAUGUUUCAAACUGCUCCUUAAACCAUGCUGACAUGGCUUACUUAGCCAAUAGCCUCCAUUCCAACCACCUGGAAGCCCUUGAUAUUAGUGGACAUGAUGUGGCUGACUUGUACCCAUCCACCUUCUUCAAACUUCUGAACCAUUCAUCCAGCACACUGAAGAGGCUCACCCUUGAGGAAUGCAACAUUCAAGACAUUCAUGUAAAUAUGCUGAUUUUGGGUUUGGUCCCCUGCCGGAAACUAGAGGAGUUGCGAUUCCUUGGAAAUCCUCUCUCUUCUCGAGCACUGAAAUGCCUUUUCAACAUUUUCAUUGAUUUUUCCAGGCUGAAAUAUGUUGAAUUCCCAGUUCCAAGAGACUGUUAUCCAAGUGAUAUCAGCUACCCCAUUGAUGAAACUGAGCUUUCAAAAUUUGAUCAUUCAAAAUACGAGAGUAUAGCAGAGGAACUUAACAUGAUUCUACUGCAGGCAAAGCGGGAGGACAUAAAGGCCUCGACCCCACUCUUUGGCAGUUAUGAUGCAGUGGUACAAGAAAUAGGCAAUGAACUGGGGUCCUUCCUGCUCCAGUCUUUCAGAGAUGCCAUAGAAGGCUUCAGCAUGGCUCUACAGAAAAUGAACUGAAGUCUGACUGAACCCAACAAUGCCUCUCAAAUUCAAGCAUUCGUUUAUUGUUUUUGAUUAGAUAGGCCCAGUUGACCGUGCCCGAAAUGUGCUUUUUCCUCAACAAGCCUCCAUGAGAGACCUGCAAAAAGAAAAAAGAUGCUGCCUCCUUACCUCCCCUCUCCCCAUCACCUAACCCACUUUGGAGCAAAAGAGCAAGCUGUAGCCUUCUUUCUCUUCCUCGACAGAUCUACUGGAAGCCUUCUGUUGUUCGUAUUCGGAACAGGCUGCAGCCCAUUAUUUGAAGCAGCAAGCUGAAGUCCUUCUCUUGCAAGUCACACCACAAUGUUGAUACUGAAUUGAUCACCACUACAGAAUUUCACAUCCAGGAGGAAUUCCAUCCAUAGUACAGGCAAGAUUCUCAUCUGAACUUACAACUUCAUAACUGUCUAGGUAUUCAACAUUAGGUGAUAUUUUCUUGCAGCCUCACCCUUUCUAUACGAAUACGACAAAUGUUUAUAUACCACUUUUCAACAAGAAUCUCCAAAGCAGUUUACAAAUAUAUACAUUUUUUUAAAAAAAUGACUCCCUGUCCCCAAAGAGCUCACAAUCUAAAAAAGAAACAUAAGAUAGACACCAGGAACAGCCACUGGAGGUACUGUGCUGGGGAUGGAUAGAGCCAAUUGCUCUCCCCCUGAUAAAUAAAGAGAAUCACCACUUUGAAAAGGUGCCUCUUUGCUCAGUUAGCAGAGGACGAGCAAAGGAUCCCUACAAUAUGGAUCCUAUUCCAUGGAUAGGCCUAUGCAACCUCCUAAACAAGCUGGAGGGAGAUCUUAUCUCCAUGCACAAAUGAGCUGGACUACUAUUGUAGUCCUGUAGUAUUUGGUGGGCUGGUGGGGGAGAGAAAUGGAUCUGCAUCAGGUUUUGUGUACGCUGGCUGACAGAAGGUAAGGUAAAGUUAAGUGUGCUGUCAAGUCAAUUUUGACUCCUGGCACCCACAGAGCCCUGUGGUUUUCUUUGGUAGAAUACAGGAGGGGUUUACCAUUGCCUCCUCCUGCGCAGUAUGAGAUGAUGAUGAUGAUGAUCUUCCUAUAUUGCUGCUGACUGAUAUAGUGCCAGUGGGGAUUCGAACCAGCAACCUUCUGCUUGUUAGUCAAGCAUUUCCCUGCUGUGCCACUUCAGGUGGUAGUUCCAUUGAAAUUAAAAGGACAAGUGAGGCAAUGCUUAAUUUGUCUUUAAUUUUAAUGGGACUACUCAGAGUAAUUUUCCUUAUGUCAGCCAGUGUGUGCUGAAUUUGCAAAAUAAAAGCAGAAUGAUUUUAGAUGUCUUUCAUUCUUUGUUUUCCCUUUAUUUUUGACAUGCUCUUGUAUGUAUAAUAAUACCAUGGCAUAAUUAAAAACAAUUAUGAAUUAGAACUGAA